ACAAAUAGAAUAUAACCAUGGAUCCGACUUUUUUUUAUAUGUGAGUUCCAGUGAAAGUGAUGGAGAAGAAAAAAUAGUGCGGAGGCAGCUAAGAGAAUAGAGCAAUCCUUUGGCACUCCCACAGCGUGAGUAAGUAAAUAGUUAAAUAUUCUAGCUCAAUUACGAAUUUUUCGUUGCAGGUUACAUAAACGAUUCCGUCUGACCAAAGAGGCCUUUGAAUUUGUUCUACAGGAAAUAAAUUUAACGAAAUCAGACACCAAAGCGGUGCCUCCAGUGCUACAAUUGGCAGCUACCCUUUCACUUUUGGCCAGCGGUGGGUACCAGCACAGUGUUGGCAGCGACUAUUUGAUCGGUAUGGGCCAGAGCACUGUUUCGAAGUUAACAUCCCACGUCCUGAAAGAAAUGGAAAGGAAGUUAUGCCCGCAGUUAAUACGAUUUGCGCCAGAAGAUUCACUUAGCUGCAAGGAGUGGUUUGUGGAGCAGUACAAAAUACCUGGAGUUAUAGGGUGCGUUGAUGGCACUCACAUCGGCUUGCAAAAACCUACAGCAAACGUGCACAUGUACUUCAAUAGGAAAGGCUAUCAUAGCAUCAACGCAAUGGUAGUAUGUGACCACACCUACAAAAUUUUGGAAAUCAAUUGCCAAUACGGUGGUGCAGCUCACGACGUUUUCAUUUGGAAACAUUCAGACCAGAGAAGAGUUUUGGAAGAACGAUUUCAGGACAAUAGGCAGGAUAACUCAUGGCUUUUAGGGGAUUCUGGCUACCCCCUUGAACCAUGGUGCAUAACCCCUUAUAGAAACGCUUUGGAUGGUUGA